AUGAGUCGGUUUCGUAAUGAAUCAACAUUCACUACUUCUUUACAUAAUGAUAAACAAAAUGAACAGGAAGAAAAUGUAUUUUUUACAACGUCUGAGUCAGUUUGUUGUUCGUGUAAAUCAUUGGUAUAGGAUAUUAUCCAGAUAUCGUUAGUUUAUUAUAGUAUCCAGAUAUCGUUGGUGUGGUAUAUUAUCCAGAUAUCGUUGGUGUGCUAUAUAUGUUAUCAUGAAUGUUACACGGAUAUUUAUACUGUUGUCACUUUCAGUGAACAUGGUAGAUGGUAAAUCGGCGUAUGCUUGCUAUAGGCCAAGUAGUUCACCGUGUACGAGUACAGCGUUGACUUGUAAAGAUGGUCAGGUGAUUGCUAUGGAAGGGACAAGCGAUAGAAAUAAAAUCGAAAUGGGACAUUCCAAUAAACAAUGUGAAAGUGAAACAGGAUGUAACUCUGGAGAAUGUUGUCGAUCAUCAGAAGAAGAUGAACCAACAACAGCUCUUUUUAAAGACCGUGUUAAAGUUUAUGACAGAUGUUCCAAUCAACAAUCGUGUAAUGUGACCUCGCCUUAUGUUAAUAAUACAGAUUAUGGUUAUAUAAAGUAUAUCUACUACUGUACAGACGAUCAACAGAAUAUAAACAUUAGAAAUGAUAUUGAAGACAGUUUUAAAAGGGAAAUCUACAUCUAUCUCAAUGGAUCAUCUGGAUCUUGGCUACCACGAUGUUGUCAAAUCACCAGCUUUGUUACUAUAGCUGUAAAUAGUUAUUAUAUCAACCUGGGUGCUGAAUCCUGUCGGGGGAUUAAAAUAAACAACCAGACCUUGUUUAACUGUAGUACAGAAGAUAGAUUGAUUAGGUUACGUAAAAAGUUGAUUUCUGGUGUAGAAAUUGAUAUCGACAUUCUACAAUUUGAACCACAAGACCUUAUAUGGAUAAACCUACAUAUAGAUCCUGGGUCUCAGUUACAUGUACGAUGUCAUUCUUGUAAUUCAUAUGAAACAUCUUCACAGGAAACAACUUCAAACGGUGAGCCCGGUUUCCAGCAUACCAAGAUAAUACUGUCCGUGUUGCUGUGUGUAUUAUGUGUGAUAAUUGUUGUCAUGGUGUAUUUAUUCAAGAAACUAAACGUGAAUAUAUAUAUAUUCUUCACGGCAUGCUUUAAAACGAAAUGUACAGAGGAUGGAAAUAGCCAUAUUAUUAAUGAAGGUUCCCAGUCAGUAUCUAGUCACGAUUAUUAUGAAGAAAUACCAUUUAAAAACACAUCACAUCACUAUGCUGAUCCCAUAGAUAUUCUUCAACCACAAGAACAAGACAGUGUCACUGGUGCAUCCCUACUCUAUCAUUUGGAACGAUCCGUCUCUGUUGAUAGUAAAGAACAAGAAGAUUGUUCGCGAUCUGAUUCAAGGAAACGAGAGAUUGAUCUGGGAUACACCCAAGUCAACAAGACGUUUCGGGUGGAGUCACAAAGUCACAAUGGGAACCCUAGUUACAUGACCGGAGAUAAAAGAAGUAACUCGAUGGAUUCCAUAUCUGAUCCAGAUUAUGAUCAUCUGGGAUCCGACAAAAAUUCAAAAUCGGCUAAUAAUAGCCAGUCUGAUUAUGAUCACAUUUGUAUUAAUUAUUAAAAACAGAUUGAAGUUAUUUGACAAUUCUUAGUAUCAAAGUGUAAUAUUUUCAGAGUAAAUUUGAAUAUGCAAGUUA